AUGUUGGGCUGGGUCCAGAAAGUGCUGCCUCAACCCCCAGGGACACCUCAGAAGACCAAGCAGGAGGAGGAGGAGGGGGCAGAACCCGAGCCAGAGUUGGAACCGGAGCAGGAGCCUGAAGCAGCCCCUGAAGAGGCUGAGCCCAGGGAUGAGGCCCUGGAGCCACUCGAGAGAGAAGAAGAGGCUGCAGCUGACACCGGCCCUCAGGAAACCCAGGAGGCUGCCCCUACUCUGCCCACAAAUCACCAGGCCCAGGUCGCUGUGGUUCCUCAAGUGAACAGCAGCCCCAGAGGCUGGGUGCUGACCUGGCUCAGGAAGCGUGUGGAGAAUGUUAUCCCGCAGCCUGUCUAUGGUGGCGGGCAAGCCCCAAGCACUGCUGCUGGCUUGGAGGGCCUUGCUCAGGCAGAGGCGCAGGUCCUUGGGCACCGUGGCACUGGGGGCUCAGAUGGACCCAACGAGGCCACCGGGGCUCAGGACACAGGGCCCAGGCCCUGGCUGCUCAGGUGGCUUGAACAGAGUCUGGAGAAAGUGCUACCUCAGCCUCCAAAAGCCUCUGAGGGCUGGGGACAGGAGACUGCGGAGGCUGCUUUGGGCCCAGAGCCCCCAGAAUCCCCCUUGGAAAAGGAGCCUAUACUGCAGGCCCCGGAGAGCACCCCCUUGCCCACUCCCGGCCCCCCAGAGCCUGAGGAGGAGCCCACUCCAGAGCCCCAGCCCGGUCUCCAGGCUUCCUCCCUGCUGCCCCCGGGGGACCCUGCCAGGUUGGUGGCAUGGCUCCUGCACAGGCUGGACAUGGCCCUGCCACAGCCAGUGCCUCAUGGGAAGGCUGGGGAACAGGAGCCUGACUCCCCUGUGAUGUGUGAUGUGCAGACCAUCAGCAUCCUCCCUGGAGAGCAAGAGGAGCCUGAUCUCAUUCCAGAAGAAGUCGACCCUUGCUGGGAGGAGGGCGAGCAUCAGGAUGGCAGCACCAGCCUACAGGGCUCAGAGACAGCGCCAACUUAUGAAGAGGAGAACAAGGCCAUGGAAGAGAUGCCCAGGGAGCUGCCCCAGGUACAAGAAGAGAAAGAAGAAGAGGAGGAGGAGGAAGAUGGAGAGGAGGAAGGGGAAGAGGAGGAGGAGGAACCUGAUGUCCUGCUGGAUAGCUGUCUGGUGGCACAGGCUGGCGAGGACCCAAGCGGAGUAGGCAGGACCCAGCCCCACAGAGCCUCACACCAGGAGCUGCAGAAGGAGGCUGUGGCCGCCAGCUCAGGAGUGCCUGCCACAAAAGAGCUCCCAGAAGUGCAGGUGGAAGAUGCUGAUGCUGACAGCCAGCCCCUCAUCAUGGAGGAGGGUCCACCCUCACCUGUACUACCAACACCUUCUCCUGCCAAUUUUGACACACUUACAGUACCAGGAUCUGCUGCAGGAACCCACAGGAAAAGGCUGCCCUCUCAAGAUGACGAAGUUGAAGAGCUUAAGGCACUGUCACCAUCCGAGUCCCCUGUGGUCGCCUGGUCAGACCCCACUACCCCACAGGACACUGAUGGCCAGGACCGCGCAGCCUCCACAGCCAGCCAUAACAGUGCCGUCAUCAAUGACCGGCUCCAGGAGCUGGUGAAGCUUUUCAAGGAGCGGACGGAGAAAGUGAAGGAGAAGCUCAUUGACCCUGACGUCACCUCGGAUGAGGAGAGCCCCAAGCCCUCUCCAGCCAAGAAAGCCCCAGAACCGGCCCCAGAAGUGAAGCCAGCUGAGGUGGGACAGGUGGAAGAGGAGCACUACUGUGACAUGCUCUGUUGCAAGUUCAAACGCCGCCCCUGGAAGAAGUACCAGUUUCCCCAGAGCAUUGAUCCGCUGACCAACCUGAUGUACAUCCUGUGGCUGUUCUUCGUGGUGCUGGCCUGGAAUUGGAACUGCUGGCUGAUUCCUGUGCGCUGGGCCUUCCCCUAUCAGACACCAGACAAUAUCCACCUUUGGCUGCUGAUGGAUUACCUGUGCGACCUCGUCUACCUCCUGGACAUCACCGUGUUCCAGAUGCGCCUACAGUUUGUCAGAGGAGGGGACAUCAUUACGGACAAAAAGGACAUGCGCAAUAACUACCUGAAAUCUCGCCGCUUUAAGAUGGACAUGCUCUGCCUCCUGCCCUUGGACUUUCUCUACUUGAAAUUCGGUGUGAAUCCCCUUCUGCGCUUGCCCCGCUGUUUGAAGUACAUGGCCUUCUUUGAGUUUAACAACCGCCUGGAAGCCAUCCUCAGCAAAGCCUAUGUUUACAGGGUUAUCAGGACCACAGCCUACUUGCUCUACAGUUUACAUUUGAACUCAUGUCUGUAUUACUGGGCGUCAGCCUAUCAGGGCAUCGGCUCCACUCACUGGGUUUAUGAUGGCGUGGGAAACAGUUAUGUUCGCUGUUACUACUGGGCUGUGAAGACACUCAUCACCAUUGGUGGGCUGCCCGACCCCCAGACACUCUUUGAAAUUGUCUUCCAGCUGCUGAACUAUUUCACAGGUGUCUUCGCUUUCUCCGUGAUGAUUGGACAGAUGAGAGAUGUGGUAGGGGCCGCCACCGCCGGACAGUCCUACUACCGCAGCUGCAUGGACAGCACAGUGAAGUACAUGAACUUCUACAAGAUCCCUAGGUCCGUGCAGAACCGGGUCAAGACCUGGUACGAGUACACCUGGCACUCCCAAGGCAUGCUGGAUGAGUCAGAGCUGAUGGUGCAACUCCCAGACAAGAUGCGGCUGGACCUCGCCAUCGAUGUGAACUAUGACAUCGUCAGCAAAGUGGCACUCUUCCAGGGCUGUGACCGACAGAUGAUCUUUGACAUGCUGAAGAGGCUUCGCUCUGUUGUCUACCUGCCCAAUGACUACGUGUGCAAGAAGGGAGAGAUAGGCCGAGAGAUGUACAUCAUCCAGGCGGGACAGGUGCAGGUCUUGGGUGGCCCCGAUGGGAAGUCUGUGCUGGUGAUGCUGAAAGCUGGAUCUGUGUUUGGAGAAAUAAGUUUGCUGGCCGUUGGGGGUGGGAAUCGGCGCACAGCCAACGUGGUGGCCCACGGGUUUACCAACCUCUUCAUUCUGGAUAAGAAGGACCUGAACGAAAUUUUGGUGCAUUAUCCUGAGUCCCAAAAGUUACUCCGGAAGAAGGCCAGGCGCAUGCUGAGAAAUAACAACAAGCCCAAGGAACAGAAGAGUGUGCUCAUCCUUCCUCUCCGGGCCGGCACCCCCAAGCUCUUCAGCGCCGCCCUGGCUGCAGCGGGGAAGAUGGGGGCCAAAGGAGCAAAAGGCGGCAAGCUUGCCCACCUCAGGGCUCGACUCAGAGAGCUGGCCGCGCUGGAGGCGGCUGCGAGACAGCAACAGCUGCUGGAACAGGCCAAGAGCUCGGAAGCAGCCGCUGGAGAGGCGGGCUCGGCCGCCCCCGACCCGCCCGCGGCCCCGGGAGAGCCCGCCCCGGACCCGCCCGCGGCUCCCGCAGAUGCCGCCCCCGACCCGCCCGCGGUCCCCGGAGAGGCCGCGCCGGACCCGCCCGCGGCCCCCGCAGACGCGGCCCCCUCAGAGGCCGCCCCCGACCCGCCCGAGGCCCCCGCAGACACCGCCCCCGACCCGCCCGAGGCCCCCGCAGACGCCGCCCCCGACCCGCCCGCGGCCCCCAGCUCUCCGCCACCUGCCCCCACUGGGAGGUCUGAGGAAGGCGGGGAGCGGGCAGCCGGACCCGAGGAGCAGUCGGCGCGGAUCCGCGUGAGCCCGGGCCCGGACCCCGGCGAGCAGAUCCCGUCGGUGGAGAUCCCGGAGGAGAAGGAGUGAGGCGGCGGCCAGCGCGCUCCCGGCAGGUGCGCCCAGGUCCCUCAGGCCGCCCGCCCCCCUCCCCAGACCGAGGCGCGCGGCCGCAGUAGUGGCCACAGUCGCCCUCAGCUAAGCGCCCGGGUGGCGCUCCUGCCCUGACAUCAGCUUCUCCCGAGGGAUGGCCUUGAAAUCUACACAUAUCCUAGUGUUCGCGUCCCUAGAUUCCCACGGUCACUUGAGAACCCUACCUCCCCACAACUGCUACUGUUUGCAAGAAAAAGUUCUUUUCUGUUUUGAAAGUUCAGAGCCGAGGACAGAAUGGAGCUUCAACACCAUGGGAAGCUUUGUUGGAGCUCAGAAGGAUUAUUGAAUGGGGUUUCCCUUCAGGAAUUUGUCUCCCACCUUUCUAGGGCAGAAACUCCUCAGCAGAAAGGAGAGCAGCUGUGCUGUUCGUCUAACUAAAUGGGAAUUACCGUACACCUGACCCACGGGCCGGAUGCUAUUUUUCUUGGCUGGGCAGUCACAUCAGGAACGAGAUGCUCGUAUGAGCGGUUUAGCACUUAUCUCCCCAGACUACGUUCAGUUUCCAGCCCAGUGCUAUUAUCUCAGAUAAAAUGGAAAUGGACUUAUUGGCAAGGGCUGCGAAGAUUUGUGAGCGUCCCCUCUACCAGUCACCCAGCUCUCUGCAGAGAUUCAUCUGUUACUUGCUGACACCCUUGGUAGAGAAAUGAUGGUAGCAACUUCGAUUAAUCCUAGGAGAUGAAAUCUCAUAGCUGACACCAGUGAAGUUCCUGUAGUUUCUCCAGAUCAUGUCAUGUUGCUUUUAGGAUUCUAAAAAAAAAAGGACUGGAAUUCCAAUAGGUUCUGCCCAUUUUGUGUAAAAUCACAGGAACAUUAUGGACUGCUUAAGGGCCCCCUGAGGGCUUGCAAAUGUGUGUAUUUGUCCAUCAACCUAAAAGCAAAACAUUUGUGUCCCCUGUGAAAAAAUUUAAAAAUUAUGGAAGUUCCUGGUCUAAGCAUUUCCAAAUUCCAGGUUAACAAACAUUUACCUAGUUAAGAACAUGUCACAUGAUCUGAGUAAUCACAUUGAAUGUAAUGAUGAGCGAUAUUAUUUUAGCCUUUUAAAAAGCCUAUAUUAAUUUAUUUUAAUAGGUAAUAAUGUAUUUACAUGGAUGAAAAAGGUUACCCAGUAAACAUUCUCCCUCCUACCCCUGGCUCCCAACUUCCCUGAUCGUCUUCCAGGAAGCAACCAUUAUUAUAAGUUUCUUGGGUAUCAUUUCAGGGAUAGUCGAAGCUUACACAAGAAAAUGUGUUCAUACAUUCUUGUUCUUCUCCUUCACUUUUUUACACCUAUGGCAACAUACUAGGGCCACUGUUAUUUUUUACUUGAUUUAAUUUGGAAAUGCUUCCCUCAGUACAUAAAGGGCAUGCUGUCUAGUCCAUUGUAGUCCAUUGUAUGGAAGUACCAUAACAUUUAACUGCUCUCCCAUUGAUGUGCAUAUGAAUUGUUUCCAAUCUCAUGCUGUUAAAAAUAAUGCUGCGAUAAAAAAAAUCUUGUACAGGCACAGUUUCACUGGUAAACAUUGUUUUUAAAUAGGGGGCGUAUGGAGGUUUGGGCUAAUUUUUUUCUGUACCAUCCUCAUUUAUCAUUUCUGUGUUUGCACUACAUACUCUAAGAUCCAAGCAUAGAGAAUGCUUCCUUCUUUAGCAAGUAUUUCAGAUACGUCAAUAAAGUAAAUGUCUUGCCCUUCAAUAGAUGGCAAAAUGUUGCAAGGGCACCUUCACUGUGAGAUCCUAUUUUAUAAGGAAUCUUUUUUUAUAUGAAUGUACUUAUUCUUUCAGAUAUCAACCCUUGAAUGUAUACUGCUUAUUAUAUAAAGCGAGAGAUUCUUGAGGUUCCCAACAGUUGCCCUGGAAAGAAAAUUGAUUUUGAAAGGAGAUUAGCAGUGUCUUAAUUUCACUGAGAGAUCUCAUUAAACUUGACAGCUUCACAAACUUGGAUAUUAGAUAAAUUGAAUUUGAGGCUGACAUUAUUCUCCAAACAGAAUUGGACUAGUUGAUUGCCAAGAUAUGGAUGGCAUACCUCAGAAAUACUGUAAUUCUGCAGCUGAAACAGGAUCUUUGUUUAAUGUGUAUUGAAUCCCUACUAAUUUAAAAUGUCCCAACAUUUCUUGCAUUUUGGUAGAAAAUGAAUAGCAAGUUAUUUUUUUAACUACAUAAAUAUUUUAAGUAAUAUUAAUACUGAGAAGCUGUUUAAAAUUUCAUUAUCAAAAUAUGUUUGGCUACCUGCAAUAUUUUCUUAGUAAACACGAACACUGCGUUUACACCCUGGCCUUCAUCCUGUUACAACGCAUUUUAAUUAAAGU